AUGAUUUUGAUUUUUUUGGGCAUUUUGCAGAGCAUAAAGUUCGAUCAAGUUAGGAUCCAAGCUGGUUCAGAUUCAACUGGUGUGGCCACCGACAUGAUAACAAUGAAUUCCACUUUGAAAUUCACAUACCGCAACACAGGCACGUUUUUCGGUGUCCAUGUCACAGCCACACCCGUGGAACUUUCCUAUUCAGACAUCAUAAUUGCUUCAGGCGAUAUGAAGGGGUUUUAUCAAUCUAGGAGGAGCCAAAGGUUGGUGAGUGUAGCAGUGAUGGGUAACAAGAUCCCUCUGUAUGGAAGUGGUGCUAGCCUAAGUAGCACAACGGGUGUACCCACAGUGCCUGUGCCAUUGAACCUAAACUUUGUGCUACGAUCUAGGGCUUAUGUGCUUGGAAAACUGGUGAAGCCAAAAUACUACACAACCAUUCGUUGUUCCAUCACUUUGGAUCCCAACAAGCUCAGUUCUCCGGUUACCCUAAAAAAAAAUUCUUGCACAUAUGAUUGA